AUGCAAUCGCCGUUGGACAAAGACGAUUACUUUCUCUACCACUUGGCUACGGGCGACAUUUUGCGCGCUGCUGUAGCUGCUGGCACCGACAUUGGCAAAAAGGUCAAAGCCGCGAUGGAGUCGGGCGCACUUGUGACCGAAGAAUUUGGCGUCGGUAUCAUUAAGGACGGUCUGUCACAAUCACGGCUGGGCGUGUGUCUGGUGUCAGGAUGGCUGCAAAAAUUUUGA